UCCACUUCCAUGUACAAGCAGAGAUGGUUGCUUCUGUUGAUUGACACUACUGUCUCAUGUCCUAUAGAUGGCACCAGCUUCUCGGAUACUGCUAUAACUUGGACUGUGCCAAACAUUAUCCCUACACUAGUGCCUCAAGGAUCCACCUUUGUAACCCAAAACAUUUCAGUGGGAGUCGAUGGCCAAAGAAUAAUGCAGCCUGAACAGAACUAUAUUCUGGAACACAACAAGACACACAUUCAAAUUACUAUACCCAUUGGAGCCCCGGAGGGAAGAUUAAAGAGCACUGUGGCCAAUGGAGUCCAUGGAGUAAUCUAUAGUAUCAGCUUUUUCUUGGAUCAUAUCUGGACAGAUGUAGACUGGCAUAUGACCAAGUACACUGUGAUCAAGCCCAUCACUACACCUUUCUUGCCUCGAAUACCAACAGUCAUCAACAAUACUCUUCCAGAGAAGAGAACAUUUGAUGUUGCAUUUGGAUCCUUUCUUCCUGAUGUGUCUCUGGUGACAAUCACAAUAGGAAAUGUGCCACUUUCCCCAAGAGAGGCAAAGCAUCAUGGGUACAAUGUUUAUGAAAUUACUUUUCCCAAUGGAACAAAAGGAUUUAACUUAGAAGUUCCUUUUGAUGACCCUACAGUUCUAAAGGAGUAUGUGAAUAGAAAUGAAACAAAAUAUACCCUCCGUGUUAAUUAUACGCUAGAUGUGGGUCCUGAAAAGAAACAAUAUAAUCAUCCAGCAGAAGUAGAAUGUGUGGUUGCUGAUAUUGAACUACCAGAAGCAGUUGGCUAUUGUGAUAAAGAGAACCUGUAUCUAGCAGUUCCCAUUUCAGCUCUGCAUCAGUAUUGGAAUCUGUACGUUGGUAACAGACCUCUGAAUCAGCAUACUGUGCUCUCAGAUAGGUAUCUCCUGACUACCAAUUCUACCCAUCUGGUGUUGCAAGUACCUCUGUUUGCUAUGGGGAUUGUCUAUGAGGAAGUGUCCUUUCAGCAACUCAAAGCUAGGUUUGACCUUGUACUCAAGAAAGCAAAUACUCUGGAGACCAUAAAAACAUUCUCUGUGAGCUGCAAUUUCAAUUCUUCAGAAUUUAUAGUAUGCUACCCUAAUGGAACUGUGACAGUCUCUACCCCUAUGAAAACUAUUCCUUCUAUUGACAUGGGCAAAACAAAACUAAAGGACAGCAGCUGCAAGCCCAAAGAAUUUAAUGAGGAAAAAGCCUUCUUCCAAUUCCACGUUUCCACUUGUGGCACUUCACUGAAGUUUGAAGGUGAUCGCCUUAUUUAUGAAAAUGAAAUAUCUUAUGAGAGAGAGAUUCUCCCAGCAUGGGGACCGCCUAGAAUCACAAGAGAUCCAGAUUAUAGAUUGACAGUCUUGUGCUAUUACCCAACAAAAGAGAAACUGACCCAUACUGCUGUGGUUAGCAACCAACCUGCAAAUGGAUCCCCUCCUUUUGGCUAUGGUACAGUGAUGGUGAGAUCAAAUGUGUCAGGAUACAGGAGGACCAGACAAGCUCUGAAUAUAAUUGCAAAGGUAUCCAAAGAUGAAUCUUUCAUGGAAUUCUAUGAACCAAAUAUGGCAAUAGUUCAACCUGCCUUGGCACCCAUGUUUUUUGAGAUAGAGCUAAAAGAUGAGGAACCCAAUGUUGAAUUACACUUGAAUACUUGCUGGAUGACUGGGUCUUCAGACUUCAACAGCACCUCACAGUGGAACAUUACUGUGGAUAGCUGUGGGAACGAAAACAACAAAUCUGUCACAGAGUUCUAUCCAGUCUCUGUUAACAGGAGAGUGAAACAUCCCCCUCACUUUAAAAGAUUGGCAGUAAGGAUGAUGAUACCUUUGCUAGGCCAGGUGCAUUUGCACUGCACAGUCAUGGUCUGCUCUCCUCCUAAAGUAUCAUCUGGCAGCACUUGGACCUGUGGAGGCCAGUGUGACCCUACCAAGAAGAAAAUGGGUGAGCAGUCUGAACCAGAGUCUGGUCUCCAUGGUUAUGUAUUGGCCGGGCCAGUCUGGAUUGUUGAUCCUGAACCAACUAAGGAGAAAAACAUACAGACUAAACUAGAUGCUGAUGCAUAAACAUAAUGGCCAUAGCUGGCCACUGAACUCAUCCUGUGUCAUGUCGUGGCUGCUUUAUUAUAAUUUCAUAAACUGACUUUCAUGAAGGGGUAAAGUGCAAAUCUGAAA